UCCUCGUCCUCCUCUCAGUCUGGAUUGAAGCGUCUCUUUCUCCUUCAGCAGCAACAUGAGGGGAAGACUUUGGUUUCUGCUCUGGUUGUGUGUUUGCUGUGUUGGUCCGACGUGUUGCUGGCACGAUCUGGACAACAGCGAGUACGACUGCUGGCCUCUGGACAAACCCAACGAAUAUAACAUGAUGGACUGUGGCGGUCUGGAGAUGGCCUGGGUGGUCCGUCCUCCAGAGACGGUGAAAAACCGAGAGAUUCAGCGUCCAACAUACUCGGUUACCAGCCGGGACUCUUUCUACCACUGGGCUGUCGAAAACCACAUUUUCACACACAGCUGCCCGAGAGGUUUUUGUGAACAUCACGACUGUCCCAACUGGAAAGAUGCUGGAAGGAGAAAAACCUGCUGCAUUCAUCACGCCAACAUCCACUCCUGUCCACUAGGAUACAUGACAUCAGAUAGCAUCUGUGGUCCCUGGAUUCCCGAUGACGGAAAAAUCUUCACACACACCAUCUCUACCUCUGGCAAGAUGACCCAGACCAACUGGACUGCCAAGGUGGUUCUGGUCCAUGCUGGUUUAACCUCGCUUAUCGCUCACAUACGAGUCGGCCGCAUGCAAGCUGCUCUUGAGGCCAAGAGCACUGUGCAACCUGCUGUGGUGUGUGGUGACGCUGUUUGUGAGGAGGCGGAGCUUUGUUCCACCUGUCCGGCUGACUGCGGUGAAUGCCCGAUGACCCCAGCGACCAAGCUGGCCAUCAGCCUGCCGCUCAGCCUGCUCUGCCUCUGCUUCAUACUGACUGCUUUGUGGUUGAGAUAUCAAAAGCAAAAACUGUUGUGGGAUGAAAGCUGGAUCAUUGAUUUCUCUACAAUAAAACAAGAUCAGGAAGCUCGUAUGACCAUGGGCAGUAUAAUGAGUGCACCGGUAGGGAACAGUGACAGUAAUACCAGCUGUGUGACUGCUCUCAGCUCCUAUACAGGACAACCAGGGACCCGAAAAACACUGUUCACCUGCACUGGAAUAUAUGACGGCAGGACGGUGGCCAUCAAGAGGAUUCAAACAAAGACUUUCUCUCUGUCCAAAACCAUCCGACAGGAAGUCAAACAAGUCAGGGAGCUUGAUCACCCCAACCUGUGCAAAUUCAUUGGUGGGUGCGUUGAGGUGCCUAAUGUUGCCAUAGUGACAGAGUACUGCCCAAAAGGAAGCAUUAAUGAUGUUCUUCUUAACGAGGAGAUCCCGCUUAACUGGGGUUUCAGGUUUUCGUUCGCUACAGACAUCGCAAGAGGAAUGUCAUACCUCCACCAACACAGGAGCCACGGUCGACUUAAGUCUCUAAACUGUGUCUUAACGACCUGGGUCUGCAAAAUAACAGGACUGAAGAUGUAUCGCAGGGACGAUGGGGUGGAGCCUCUUUCGACCUAUCAGCAGAGACUCUUGGAGGUGUACAUGCCACCUGAAUUUCAUAACUCUAACAUGGAGCCAUCGCUGGCUGGAGAUGUGUUCAGUUAUUCCAUCAUUCUGCUGGAGAUUGCCACUCGCAGCGAUCCUGUCCCAGCAGAGGAAUCUAACCUGGAGAGCGCCUGGUGUCCUCCUCUGCCAGAGCUGAUCUCCAGUAAAGCUGACAGCACCUGUCCAUGUCCUGCAGACUACGUAGAGCUGAUCCGGCGAUGUCGCUCUCAUAACCCCGCCCACCGACCCACCUUUGAACAAAUCAAAAAGUUUGUUCACCGAAUCAACCCAAUCAAAAUCAGCCCGGUGGACAUGAUGAUGAACCUGAUGGAGAAGUAUAGCAAACACCUGGAGGUGUUGGUGGCCGAGCGGACUCAAGAUCUGAUGCACGAGAAACAGAGGACAGACCGACUGCUAUACAGUAUGCUCCCUAAACAGGUAGCUGAUGACCUGCGACAGGGGAAACCGCUGCAGGCUCAGAGUUACGUCAGUGCUACCAUCUUCUUCAGCGAUAUCGUGGGCUUCACACAGCUGUCCAGCAGCAGCACUCCUUACCAGGUCGUAGACUUUCUUAACAAGCUCUAUACAACGUUUGACGACAUCAUCGACAACUACGACGUCUACAAGGUGGAAACCAUCGGAGAUGCCUACAUGGUGGUCUCCGGUGUUCCCCGUGAGAAUGGGAUCCUGCACGCUUCAGAGAUCGCCAGCAUGGCUCUGGACCUGGUGGGCGUGUGUCGCACCUUCAGGAUCCCCCAUAAACCCAACACACAGCUGCAGAUACGAGCUGGGAUACACUCCGGUCCGGUGGUAGCCGGGGUUGUAGGGACGAAGAUGCCUCGGUACUGUCUGUUUGGAGAUACAGUCAACACGGCAUCAAGGAUGGAGUCCACCAGCCUGGCCCUGAAGAUCCAGUGCAGCCCCAGUGCCUUUUACCUGCUGGAGGAGAUCGGUGGUUACCUGCUGCAGUGCAGAGGAAUGCUGCAGGUCAAGGGGAAAGGUGACAUGGUGACUUACUGGUUGGAGGGGAAGAAGACGUCUUUGGUCUCCAACGAACACAUCGGCAUGGAAACAGAUGUGGAGAAGGAACAAGAGCUGUACGCCUCUAUCCCCGGGUUUCUGGACAACGAUCCUCUCCUGAAUCCGGCCUAACCCCCCCAAACAGCCCCGGUUCAUCACUUGAUGUGGUUCCUCGAGUCGUCAGUGUUUGUUGCACCAUGUGUCGUAUGUGACGUGAGCGUCGUACUGUGGCUGUUUAAUUAUGUUGUUAAUCCGCUGAACACGAGUCCAGAGUGUCAGAUUAAUAAUCUUCAUAUCUCUGUUGUCAUCAGUGUUUAAUCACGCUGUUUUUGAACUUUUCCAUCUACAGUCCAGCAAGUUUCUACAGCAGCCCAACGGACACGCUGGAUCAGGAGAGACUUUCAUGUGUUUUGUGCAUUUGGCCGCUAAACGACGCUUUAACUUUAAACACAUUAUGGUAACUGACAAAGUGUAACCUGACCAGGUACGCCUGCUUCAUUCUCCACGAGAGAACUUUGGUUGAAGGUACAAAGUGUAAGCUUCAUGAAAGAAGUCACAUCUGCAUGUUGCUUUUCCUUUACAUACAUUUAUGUAGUUAGAUAUUCUGUCAACGUCUGGGCUACUCUAACAAAUAAACAUCUGUGUAAGAGGA